CGCAAUCUCUUUUGGUUGUAGACGCGGCGGCUCGGCCCGGCGUGUAAAUACCAGAUGCGGGUGAAAGAGCCUCCCAAAGCUUUGCCUGAGAAAGCCAAAAGAAGUAAAAGGCCUGCUAUACCUCGUGAUGAAGACUCUUCAGAUGACACUGCUGUAGGUUUCACUUGCCAGCAUGUAAGUCAUGCUAUCAGUGUGAAUCAUGUGAAGAAAGCAGUAGCUGAGAAUGCGUGGUCAGUUUGCUCAGAAUGUUUAAAAGAAAGAAGAUUCUGUGAUGGGCGACCAGUACUUCCCUCUGACAUUUGGUUGUGCCUCAAGUGUGGUUUUCAGGGCUGUGGUAGAAACUCAGAAAGCCAUCAUUCCCUGAAGCACUAUAAGAGUUGGAGAACAGAAUCUCAUUGUAUUACAAUUAGUCUGAGCACAUGGGUUAUAUGGUGUUAUGAAUGUGAUGAAAAAUUAUCAACACAGUGUAAUAAGAAGGUUUUGGCUCAAACAGUUGAUUUUCUCCAGAAACAUGUUUCUAAAGCACAAACAAGUACAUUUUCUAGAAUCCUAAAACUUUGUGAGGAAAAAUGUGAAACAGGUGAAAAAAGGAAGGGAAGAAAAGGCAGCAGUGUACCGUCUGUGAAAGGAAUUUCAAAUUUAGGAAAUACUUGCUUUUUUAAUGCAGUCAUGCAGAACUUGGCACAAUCUUACGUUCUUAUGGAACUGAUGAAUGAGAACAAAGAAAACGGGACAAAGCUCAAGAUUUUUCCUUCCCCAGACUCUCAGCUGGACCCAUUAAUAGUGGAACUUUCAAGCCCUGGACCAUUGACCUCAGCCUUGUUGGUGUUUCUUCACAGCAUGAAGGAGACUGAAAAAGGACCACUUUCUCCUAAAGUUCUUUUUAAUCAGCUUUGUCAGAAGGCCCCUCGAUUUAAAAGUUUCCAGCAACAGGACAGUCAGGAGCUUCUGCAUUAUCUGCUGGAUGCAGUGAGGACAGAGGAAACAAAGAGAAUACAAGCUAGCAUUCUAAAAGCAUAUAACAACCCAACUACUAAAACUGCUGAUGAUGAUACUAGAAAAAAAGUCAAAGCGUAUGGAAGAGAAGGUGUGAAAAUGAACUUCAUAGAUCGGAUCUUUAUUGGUGAAUUAACUAGCACAGUCAUGUGUGAAGAAUGUGCAAAUAUCUCCUCAGUGAACGAUCCUUUUAUCGAUAUUUCACUUCCUAUAAUAGAAGAAAGGGUUUCAAAACCUGUACUUUUGGGAAGAAUGAGUAAAUGUAGAAGUUUGCAAGUGACAGAUAAUAGUCAGUACAGUGACACGGUUACUAUAGAAAAUACUUCUCAACCCGGAGCCACCAAGAACCAGUCUUCAUCUAAAGAUAAGAAUCAACUAGUUCAUGGCAGAAAAUGUAUAAGAAAAUUGUCACCUGGAGAAGAUAGAGCAGUCGUCGUACCCCGGAAACAUGAGAACCUUGACAUGAACGGGGAUUCCUCAGCGUUGGCGAGCAUCGUGAAUACCGAGUCGGCUCUGACCGAAAGCCCCACCGACGGCAGUGAGAAGGAAGCCAGCCGUUCUGAAAGCAGUGCCGAUGCGGACAGCGAGGCGUCAGAAUCCGAAAGCGCUUCUGAGCAGGCUGUGCUGUUGCGGUCGAGCAGGGGGUGCUCGGUGCACCCGCUCGCCCCCUCUCCCCAGCCGCUGGCGGCUGGACCACCCACCAGGGAGGCUGGCCGAGGUGAUGAGGGAGUGGCUGAAGCGAUUUCGGUACUUUAUUUGAGCAGCCCUGUACCUGGAGACAGAGAUUUUGAUAGAGAAAAGAAGCCACUAAAUGUUCCAAAUCGUUCAUGUUCUUCAGAGGAGAAGCAUAGGUUGUCUCCUCGCCCCCAAAAUGCUUUUCAGACCCUUUCUCAGAGCUACAUAACCACUUCUAAAGAAUGCUCACUUCAGUCCUGUCUCUACCAGUUUACAUCUAUGGAAUUACUAAUGGGGAAUAAUAAGCUUCUUUGUGAGAAUUGUACUGAAAAGAAACAGAGGUCCCAAAAGGAAACCGGUUCUGCAGAAAAGAAAGCAGAAGGGGUUUACACUAAUGCCAGGAAGCAAUUGCUCAUUUCUGCUGUUCCAGCUAUCCUAAUUCUCCAUCUUAAAAGAUUCCAUCAGGCUGGCUUGAGUCUUCGAAAAGUAAACAGACAUGUGGAUUUUCCACUUAUGCUUGAUUUAGCACCGUUCUGUUCUGCUACUUGUAAGAAUGUAAGUGUGGGAGAUAAAGUUCUCUAUGGUCUCUAUGGCGUAGUGGAACAUAGUGGCUCAAUGAGAGGAGGUCACUACACGGCUUAUGUGAAAGUGAGACCACCCUCCAGGAAAUUAUUGGAGUAUAUCACUGGAAAGACAUAUGUACCUGAUGUGAAAGAACCUGACAGUGAGUCGGCAGGCCAGUGGGUCCACGUUAGUGACACUUGUGUGCAAGUGGUUCCAGAAUCAAGAGCACUUAGUGCACAAGCAUACCUUCUUUUUUAUGAAAGAAUAUUAUAAUUAUCUGUUAAUAAUUCAUGGUAAUGAUUAUUUAGAUCACUUUUGUUUAAAUGCUGCAACGGUAACCAUAAUAUGUAACGUGCCUUUGUAGUCUUUUCUCUUCUGUAGGAAUAGCAGGUCCCUCAAAUGCCCCUGAAGAUUUUUACCAUUUUGGUGAAUCCUUUUAAAGUAAAUUAAAUUUGCUCAAUGCUUUCAAAUUUAUAUUCUCAAAAUAAAUGUACACGUUUUUAAGGAAUAUUUGUCCUGGAAAAAAAAAAAAGCAGAAUUUGCAGCAUAAAGGAAACCGCCUCUUACAAUGUGGCUUAUUACUAUGAGCAUUCAGAAAUGAUGCUGGCAAAUCAAAUUGUUCCUUAAAACAGUGUUUACCAAAUGUGAGUUGCAUACCACCUUUCUGAUUUCAUAUAUAUGUAUAUAUAUAUCUCCUGUGCCAUUGUUUACUUUUUAUUUUUAACCCUAGUUUUAGCCUUACAUUUUUAGACAUAGCCUUGUUUUGAGCAUAUUCUACAUUUUAUGUGCUAGUUAUGUUAUUUCUAAUAAACAUUAAGAUAAAUAUGUAACUAUUGAAGAAAAGUUGUUCAUCCAUGUAGCACUCCACUUAAAAUCUUCUCAGGGCUGUCCAGUGGUGUACAUAUACCACUAUGUGGGAAACAUAGGUGUAACAUACACUUACACAGUGGGCACAGUGACCUCAUCAUGUUCUGUGUGAUUCAACCAUAUAAAAAGAUACCACUGUAGCUUCAGUAGUAGGGUUCUAGAAGUAAUGUAUUGAUUAGCUUAUUGCUUUGAGGUUUUGUGAACUAGAAAAAUACUGAAAUAUGGCAUCAGUGUAUUAUUUGCAGCCUAUUCAUGAUGGCGUUGAGGAUAAUUUGCAUGUAAUUAGCCAAGGUCAAAAUAUAAUUAUUGAUAAUUGUAACAUGCAGAAUUGGUAAAUAGAAGUUGUUAAUCCAUAUGGGACCAUUGGAUACUUUGAAAUAUAAAUUGCCGAAUUAUAUUUGUAAAUGGUGGAAAAUUAUAUUCUUCUUAUACUUGACAGGGAAAUGUAAUUUUCUAGUUCUGUAGGUCAGUAAAUAUUAAUCGUGGUUUUGGGGUUUGAGAUCACUUUUUGUCAUCAACAAGCAUCAUUAAUAAGUUCAAGUGGGUUUAGUUUGUAUUUUAAUGGGGUGUAAAGUUGGCAUUUCAGAUUUUAAAUAAAGAGCAAAAAUAUGCUAGUAGUUUACACCCCCCCAAAAAUACAAAUUAUUAAGCUGUCAAAACUUGGCAUGAAAAUAUUACUAUUACUUAGGCUUUAAUUUUAAAAAAAUGAUGGCUACUUGGGUCUGACAUUACUGAAUCAAAACACGUACCUGCAUGGUUCAGGCAUCCUAAUCAUUAGUGCCAACACAUCAUACUACAGGCAGCUACUGGCUAAGUGCCUAGUUCCGGUUGAUUUUCCUCUUGGGAAGGAAGGAUAAGAAUAGGGGCUGUAGAUAACGUGUGGAAAUACUUAACCAAGCCUCUGACCCUUCUUAACAUUUACGGUCGUAUAACAUUGUCAAGUUUACCAGUGCUGCUUUUUGAUAUGUGGGUAAGUGGAAUUGUGAUUAGUAUUAAAGAUGGCAAUAAUAUUAUAAAACUCAGAGCUUAAAAAUGUCAUUGCACAAAUUCUAUUUUUAAGGUAUUGAAAUUUGAAAUAAUAAUGCUUUCUUGAUUUUUUAAUGUGAAAUGAUGGAGAAAUAUAUCUUUAUAAAUUAAUCUGCAAACUCAGGUUGUGUCCUGUAAAAAGUAGUUUAAACUGUUUAAAUUAGACCAUGUUUUAUGUUUAUUUGUAAUCCAUUAACAUUGAAGUUUUAGUACCAGAGCAGUGAUUUUUUUUUUUUUAAAUAUUAGUUAAAUGUCUUGAUUCAAGUUAGCCAUAUCGGUAAUGACAAUUACCAUCCUUUCCCCCAAAUGUACAUAUUAAGUCACCUCAUUUUUCUUCUAAGAAAGAUACCAUUAUGAGGCGCAUAUUUUUCAUUGGGUGGUCACUUGCUUCUUGUUUCAUUGAUAGAUGAGUAGACAAAAGAAAAAGAGUGAGAGAAAGAAGGAAAGAAAGGGAAAGGAAGAAAAAACGAUAGGAAACAAACGAGCAUUCUUUUCUGUUGCCUCUUGGCUUUAUCCUUACACAGCUAAAGUCAGAGAUGGUGAGAUAGGUAAGG